UUGUUGCGAACAAUUUGCUUGUGGCUCCGAUACAAACCGCAGCUUAUUUGGCGUCAAUGGCGAUCAUUAAUGGCGCGACGACACUUGAUGAAGUCAUAAAGACCAUCAAAGGAGGCUUCUUUGCUGUCAUCCGGAUAUCUUGGAUUGUAUCUCCUCUAUCUCUAAUCAUUGCCCAGAAAUUUAUACCCGUGGAGCUCUGGGUCCCCUUCUUUAACUGUGUUCAAUUCGUCCUGGGGACAUAUUUCAACAUGCGAGUGAAACAACAACGGAUUGCAGCGAUCAAGAAAGCGGAGCAGGAGAAGCGGGAGCGCAAGGACUGAGAGGAAUUCGAGCAUAUUCAUUCAUUUACUCGUGGUAUCAUGUACGAGAAUCAUGAAUUAUCAAACAGCUUCCUUCUCUUGAAGGUGCUUCUUGUCGGUAA